CGCGCGUGCGUAAGAACAACGGGCGCGUGCGUGAAGAGGAAGUGAGUCUCUCCAAAAUGGCGACGACCAUAGAGGGUGGCAAUGCAGGAGCUGCAAAUAAGAAAAAACACCUCGGAAUCCCCGAAGCAAUAUUUGUGGAAGAUGUGGAUGCCUUCAUGAAGCAGCCGGGCAAUGACACAGCAGACGCCGUGCUGAGGAAGCUGGAUGAACAGUAUCAGAAAUAUAAAUAUAUGGAGCUCAAUCUGGCUCAGAAGAAACUCAGGUUGAAAAGCCAGAUCCCACAAAUCAAACAGACGUUAGAAAUCUUACGGCACAUGCAGAAAAAGAAGGACACUACAGAUCUCAUGGAGACACAUUUUCUGUUGGCUGAUAACGUUUAUUGCAAAGCCUCUGUCCCACCCACAGAUAAAGUGUGUUUGUGGCUUGGGGCUAAUGUCAUGUUGGAAUAUGAUAUUGAUGAGGCCCAGGCACUGUUGGAGAAAAACUUGGCCACAGCUUCCCGGAAUCUGGACUCUCUGGAAGAUGACCUGGACUUCCUCAGAGAUCAGUUCACAACCACUGAAGUCAAUAUGGCACGUGUUUACAAUUGGGAUGUCAAGAGAAGGAGCAAAGACAACCUCCUCAAAUCUGCUGAACCGUCCUAAUAGAGGAGGCUUAGUUUGGUCCCACCCAAAAUACUUACCCAUCAGAACAUUCACCGCCAUGUAUCUGUUUGCACCAACACCAACUGUUAUCUAUUGAUUUAUUACUUUUUAAAGUAUUUUUUCAAGUAAAGAGGUGGAAAAAAACAAACAAGUAAUAAUGGUAGUUUUCUUUUUUUUUUAAUGAUGAAUUAUUAGCUGUUUAAGAGGGGGCCUCUCUCUCAAAGGUCUACACAUUUGUCUUCCUCUGUGCUCUUUUUCCUCUCAUUUGUUGUCUGGUAAAACUCUGACAUUUCUGUUCUGUUGAAGCGAAACGGUUUAACCUUCUAUGGACUUCAAAUUUCUUUUUGUUGAUUUUUUCUUGCCAAAUCUUGGUGAGAUCUUUGUCAAAAUGCAGCAUGCAGAAUAUCAGGGGACAUUCAUUUAUCAGCCUCCUUCCUUCUCCACUGAUGUCUGUUUUUUCAUCUCUUGUCCUUCAUCUGUACUCAUUUGUCACAUUGAAUCCAUUAAACACUGAACAAGGAACUAAUAAUGAAGCGAUUUGGGGAAAAAGGCACAAAAUCGAUGAGAUGGUCUGUGUUUUUAAUCUGCGUACAGUAGCUUUUUAUAAUUCCUCAUCUGAUUAAAGUUUUGGCAGUGAU